AUGGUUCACAACACUACCUUGCUACUGCGCGCUUGUUACCUCGACAGCGACGACGACUCUUUCGGCCAGGGCGGAGAUGCUUUGGGCCCUUUUCUCAAGAAGCACGCGUCCCGGGAGUCUCGGGAGGUGAAGGUGGCUGGCAAGGCGGCCGACGGUACAUCAAGCGACCUCACCUACACACUCCACGAGGACCCCAUCAAGGGGCAGAAGGGCGGUGCGGACCACGGUGCGUGUUUGGAGUUGGCGCGCGCGUUCGUGACAACAUCUACCCAUUUUGGGCCUCCUCUCUCCCACCCGCAUUAUCUUCCACUGCUCACUGCUGCCGCCCUGCCAGCUGCCGCCCAGCCUGCUGCCGCCCAAGCCUGUGGGAGGACCACGGCAAUGCCUCCCCUCCCUCACACACACGUGGUGGCAGUGGCAGGGCGGGCUCUCCUCCACUCACCUCGCCUCCUCCCGCCCUCACCCCCCCUGCUGCUUCCCCUCGCCCCUCUCUCCUGUCCAACCCUGCCCCCACCCACUUUCACCCACCCGCCUUCCACCAUCCCUACACCACUGCCUCCUCCCCAUGUGGCUAGGUGGACUCAAAAACUGCUCCCAGCCAUUCCUUCCCGUCCCUGCGCCAGUGUAUCGUCCCUGCGCCAGUGUAUCGUCCCUGCGCCAGUGUAUCGUCCCUGCGCCAGUGUAUCGUCCCUGCGCCAGUGUAUCGUCCCUGCGCCAGUGUAUCGUCCCUGCGCCAGUGUAUCGUCCCUGCGCCAGUGUAUCGUCCCUGCGCCAGUGUAUCGUCCCUGCGCCAGUGUAUCAUCCCUGCGCCAGUGUAUCGUCCCCCCUCUCCUAACACUCGACACCUCAUGGGGUGCUGGCGGGGCAUGGGGUGCUGGCGGGGCAUGGGGUGCUGACGGGGCAUGGGGUGCUGGCGAGGCAUGGGGUGCUGGCGGGGCAUGGGGUGCUGGCGGGGCAUGGGGUGCUGGCGGGGCAUGGGGUGCUGGCGAGGCAUGGGGUGCUGGCGGGGCAUGGGGCAGUGGGAGGAGGAAUAAGAGGGAUAACAGCAGCAGCAACAGCUUCAGCAGGAGGGGGCGGGGGAGGAGGGGCAAGGGAGAGCAGCAGCAUGUGAGAGCAAGCGACCGUCUGCACUCGCACCAGAAUGCCACCCCCCCCACCGCCCCUGCUCUCACCCCUUUGAGCGGGCAGCCCAGCAGGAACGCGGCAGAUGGGCAGAUCACGUGGCUGGCAGCGCGGCGGCUGAGCCCCCAGCCAGUGAGGCCCACCUCGCGCUCCCUUCGCGCUCCCCUGCGCCCCACCUGGCCCUCCCCUCGUCCCAACUCGCGCGCCCCUCUUCCCACCCCGCCCUGUCAUUGA